AUGCCAGCUGGUGCCGCAGGGCGGCUUACUGGUACUCUGAGCGGGCAUAGACACAGUCUACGCGUUCACUGAACCACACGCUCCACCGCUGACAGGUUGGUUCCAGCGCAACGCGCGCCUAACUGUGUGUGUGUGACCGCACAUCUCCGCCAGCCUGACGCCGUCGUCGCCGGGCGCACAUCAAGGAGGUGCGCUCGUCCCCCGGUCUGCCCGCGUUGAUUUCUGGAUCGCGCUGGCCACAAACGCACGAAAAAAAUAAAAUAAAAAAAUGGCGGACGACGACGAGACAGAGCAGCUCAAACAGGCCUUCCUGAAGGCCUGCGGCGCGACGGGCAGCCUCGAAGCCGCCAAGGCCGCCGCCAAAGCUUUAGGAGACGAGCCGCUCGCGAGCGUGCGCGCGAAGAAUGGAGGAAGCGCGCUGCACCUCGCGGCCUUCGCGGGCCAGCUGAAUACGGCGCAGUGGCUGGUCGAGCGGGGCGUACCGGUGACGGGUGUUGAUGGAGGCGGCGGCACGCCCCUGCACGCGGCGUGCUUCGCGGGCAACCUCGCCGUGUGCGGCUGGCUCGCGUCGUCGGGCGCGGACAUCGAAGCCGCCGACGGCCGCGGCGCGCGGCCGCUGCACGUCGCGUGCCUCGCCGGCCGCGAGCAGGUCGUCGACCUGCUCCUGCGGCGCGGCGCGCUCAAGAUGUGCAAGACGCGCGACGGCGCGACGCCCGCGGCGCUGGCCCGCAAGGCGUCGCAGAAUAAAUGCGCGGACCUCGCGGAGAGCUUCAAGCGGCCGGCCCGGGCAGCGGCGGCGCCGGCUCCGGUUGUGAAGCGACCGCGGCCCGCGCCCGUGCCUGUGCCGCGCGCCGGCCCGCCACCACCGGCGCCGCCACCACUCGGCGCGCUGCAGGCGCAAAUGCUCGGUAUCCAGCCGGUAGCCCCGCAGCCCGCGGCGCCGCCACUCGCCGCCGCGGUCGCGGCCGUGCCCCAGGUUCAGGCGCCGCCGCCGACGACCGCGCGCCUCGGCGUGACGCCCUCCCAGGCCACGGACAGCUUUGUGCCCGUCUCGGCCAAGGCACAGAACGACACGGCGCGCGAGCACAUGGCGCAGCAGGCCAUGGAGAAGAUGGGGCGGCGCGGCGUCGCGAUGCGCGUGCCAACUUGGUUGCAGCCGGGCGACCGGCUGGCGUAAUAAUGUAAUGAA